AUGGCGUCUUCUAUCAAACGCGAACUCAAUGAGCGACGAGUCAAGCGACAAUGCAUCGAGGGAUCUCUUGGAUCUAUGACUCGUCCCAUCAUUCUCGAUGACUCCCUCCUUGAAGAAGAGUUGAUACCCCUCCCCACCAAGCUCGGCAACGAUUCCAUCGUGAUCGAGGACUGUGAUGCCCAACAUCCCCUUCCCAGUGCCAUCUCAAUCAACAAGGGACCAGACAACAAUAUCAUAGUCCCGCAGCCGUUGACUAGAGCGAUGAAGCAAGCACUCGCGCGUCACCCUUCGGGGAAAUUGCCCAUCCCUGCUGGCAUGGAAUCAACACAAGGACUACCAUACAAGGACACGAUGACACCGUUUAACCGUGGCAUUGUACCGUUUGCCAUGAACUCCAAUCCAUCUUACCUUGGCAACGACCACAAGUCACCAUUCCUUGGCAGAGACUCGGCUUCAGUCGACAUGGGUUUCAAGCCAACCUCGCUCCCAGGGACCUCUCAGUCGUCACCCAUCGACGUUGACUCGCUGCCGGAUCCAGUUCAUUCAAGCUCGACGUUGGGCUCGAAGCCUUCCAAGUCUCGUGUCGACAAGGCGCGCUGUCAAGGCAUUGACUGGGAAAAAUACAAGCCCGAAUACCCUGACCUGACUGACGACUUGAUUGAGUACAUGAACGCCCAUCUUGCCGGACCGCAAAUGUGCGAGACCGAAGACAACGAAGAAAGCGACUUUUACUAUCAGCCACGCAGACUCAAGCGCCACCGACAGAUCAAAACACGCAAGUGA